AAAGCCUUCAGAGAGUACUUCCUGAAAGAGACAAAGCUGCAACUAGAACCAACUCUUAUACCGAGAAUAUUUGAAACAAUGUUUUAAAGCACCAGAAGAGCCUAAAAGAAACAAAUACACCGUUUCUUAAAUAUACUAUUUCAAGAAAGAGAAGAAACUCAAAGAUAUCUCUUUUACAGAACUGGAUAUACUGAAAAAUGUUCCUGUCUAGUAAAGCCUUUUGAUGGACAGGAGUUCCCAAGUGUUAUGCCCACCAACAAACUGUAAGAUGACUACAUUUCACAAUCAAGCUCAACCUGGUUCUUCUAACAGCUCAUAUCCAGAUGAAUACAAAAUUGCAGCCCUUGUCUUCUACAGCUGUAUCUUCAUAAUUGGAUUAUUUGUUAAUGUCACUGCCUUAUGGGUUUUCAGUUGUACCACCAAGAAGAGAACCACUGUAACCAUCUAUAUGAUGAAUGUGGCAUUACUGGACCUAAUAUUUAUAAUGAGCUUACCCUUUAAAAUGUUUUACUAUGCAAAAGGUGAAUGGCCAUUUGGAGAGUACUUCUGCCAGAUUCUUGGGGCACUCACGAUGUUUUAUCCAAGUAUUGCCCUAUGGCUUCUUGCUUUUAUUAGUGCUGACAGAUACAUGGCUAUUGUGCAGCCAAAAUAUGCCAAAGAACUUAAAAAAACAUGCAAAGCCGUGCUAGCAUGUGUGGGAGUCUGGAUAAUGACACUGGUAACCACCAUCCCACUGCUACUGCUUUAUGAAGACCCAGAUAAAGCCUCCAUCCCUGCCACCUGCCUGAAGAUUUCUGACAUCAUCCACUUAAAAGCUAUUAACAUACUGAACUUCACUCGACUGACAUUUUUUUUCUUGAUUCCUCUGUUUAUUAUGAUUGGGUGCUACUUGGUCAUUAUUCAUAGUCUCCUUCACGGUAGGACAUCUAAGCUGAAACCAAAAGUCAAGGAGAAGUCUAUAAGGAUCAUCAUCACACUCAUGGUGCAGGUGCUCAUUUGCUUUGUGCCUUUCCACAUCUGUUUCGCUGUCCUGAUGUUGGAUGGGGACGAGAACAGUUACAAUCCCUGGGGAGCUUUUACCACCUUCCUCAUGAACCUCAGUACCUGUCUGGAUGUGAUUCUGUACUACAUUGUUUCGAAACAAUUUCAGGCUCGCGUCAUUAGUGUCAUGCUAUACCGCAAUUACCUUCGAAGUGUGCGCAGAAAAAGUUUCCGAUCAGGUAGUUUACGGUCACUAAGCAACAUAAACAGUGAAAUGUUAUGAAUAAAUUUUUCGUCUUCAAUAUCCUUAAAUUCACUUAACUAAUCACCCUAGAAUCACUGGAUAUUUUGUACAUUAAGAAGUCCCUUUUCUUCUUAAAAAAAAAGCUUUACAAACUAUUUUGUGGGAUUUUAUUUUGGCAACAUAAUUAAACAUUCUGAAGUAUUCUAAUAAAUUCAUUACUUUUAUUUUAAAAAUUUGAUUAGAACAUUUUUGAGGUAUUAGGAGAAAACAUGCAAUUUGUGUUUCAUAUUCAAGUCUUAUCUAAAUACACAGUUGACUUAGCUUUUUGGAUUUAAUUCUAUGUGCAAGUGAAUCAUGAUAUUAAUCAAGUCAGUAGGCAAAAAAAUUCUGCUACUGUUCAAAAUAAUUUGAUGAAAGUAUUUUCCAUGUAGAUACAGGUCCCUUUAGCUUAAUGUAUACUCAGGACUGGUGAGCAACCCAACAUUCUGUGUUCUAAGCCAAACUUCCAAGAUCCUUACAAAAACAGCUAUGUUCAACUCAUCAUUGUUACUUACUGCAGAGCAAAAUUAGUGGAAACAAGCAUUUGGAGGAGCCUAUAGAGACCAUGGCCAUUAGCCUUCCCCUACUCUGAAUUCAUUUUCUUUUGGAAACAGGCUGUAGUCAUUCAAUAAACAAUUACUGAGAGCGUACAAGCACCAGACCCUACUUAAAAUCAACGGGGAAAACCUAACCGGAGAUCUUAUUUCUGUCCCCAAAUCCAAGUUUCUUCCUAUGACAUGAGGUUUCUACUAUAUGGUGAAAUAUCUUUAUCCAAUAUAAAGAGUUUGCUCUUCUUAUGUGAUUAAAUAUCACAUUAUAAAAACAACUGAUUUUUUUUCCAGGUCAUAUGUCACAGUAUAAAUAGCACUAGUCAGGGAUCUUACCAUUUAAUUUCCCCUAAGUAACUUCAUUUAAAAAGAAAAAGUGAACUAUAAUCUAUAAAGCCUGUAUUCUAAAUAUUACAAAAAUACACAAAUGAGUCACCUAUAACUUCCUCUCUGUUAAAUCACUUUUAUUACUCUUAACAUGAUCACCUCCCAAUGAGACUUAGAAUCAAACCAAUGCACUGGCCAUAAAUUGAUUUCUAUAAUUAAGUUGGGUAAAUUCAUAAUCUUUACAAAAAUAAACACAAAGAACCCUAAUGAUAAAACAGUAUUUUAGUGCUAGAAAGUCCCUUAGAUGACCUGUUUUAAAUAUAAAGAAACUAAGGUCCAAAGAGGUUAGGUGACCUGCUCAGCUAAAGAACCAGGAUUAAAAACCAAAUUCAGUUCUCUUCUCAUGUCAAUUGCCAACUUUGUAAUGAUAAAAAGUAGUCAAACUUACAGAAUGUAAACAUUCCCAGAGCUACAUAAGAUAAAGGACUCAAGGUGGUACUGAGAUGCAGUUUCUCAACAAAGAGAAAACUACCUAAAGUUUUUCCUGUGAAUACUCAAGGAAGCAAGAUACUUUAAUAAAUAUCUUUAAACAAAUAA